CUACGAACAUGCCAAGCAGCUCAUCAUGUUCCGUCAACCGAUAACGAGCACAGUACGAAAAUCUUCCUUAUCGUCUUUGGCUUCAUUCGCUUUCUUCCCUCGCGCAGCAGCACGAUGCUCGCAAACCUCCCGGUCGAUUUCCGCCUUGUAUCCAUGCCAUAGAAAACCAAUCACCUCGAAGAUAUCCUUUACGCUCAUUCAACAGCAGCUCCCUCGAUUUCGCAGUCGGAAGUUUACCAGUUCUGCCAGAAGCCACUAUGGAUUCGGGAACCAACCAUACAGACGGUUCAACAACCCACGGGGGCAGCCGUUCAUUUGGCGCCUAUUGGGAAAUGCGAAACCCCAUCAUUUCGUGAUCAUUGGACUGGGGAUUAGUGGAUUGUAUAUCUACAAUACGGAGACGGUGGAGAUGACCGGUCGUCGUCGCUUCAACUGUAUUAGUUCUGAACAAGAGCUCCAAAUGGGAAAUCAGAGCUAUAAAGAAGUUCUAGGCUCUUCUCAUGGAAAGAUACUGCCCGAAAGUCAUCCUACCACUGUAUUAGUCAAACGAGUUCUCGACAGGCUCAUCCCACAGGCACCCAUAGUAGGUGCAAACUGGAGGGUCCAUGUGAUUAAGGACGAUGGAAUGGUAAAUGCUUUUGUUCUUCCGGGUGGUAAGGUGUUUGUCUACACUGGCAUCUUGCCAGUCUGUGAAGACGAAGACGGAUUGGCAGCAGUACUUGGCCACGAGAUUGCUCAUGUGGUAGCGCGGCAUCCUGCUGAGCGGAUGAGCAAUAGUCUUCUUACCAUUGGGGCGGUAUUUCUUAUCUCUGCGAUGUUUGAUAUAUCGGGACAGAUUCCAUCGCUUCUUUUGAACCUGAUGUACAGUCUACCAAAUUCUAGGACACAAGAAGCGGAGGCAGAUGAUAUGGGCCUGAUGAUGAUGUCGAAGGCUUGCUAUAACCCAGAGGCAGCUGCCAGACUUUGGUCGCGGAUGAAGCGACUGGAGAAAGAGGCGCCGCCCCAGUUCAUGUCGACACACCCAUCGAGCUAUAACCGGGAGGAAGCGAUUCGUGAUCGGCUACACAAGGCUCAAGAUGCUUAUGAACAAAGUGGAUGCGACUCGAUACAAACAUACAUGCCGGGGUUCCGGCAAGCUAAUGGCAACUUUGGCUGGUCGUUUUAAGAUUUAAGAAUUGUACUGUACAUAUUACUUAGCGAGCACUGUAUAUCUAGAUAGACAAUGGCUCUUCUCUGGU